UUUGUACACAAAUCUUAAUCAGAGGAUAUUAUUGUUUAAUAAUUUAUCCCACUGUACCAGUAUUAUUAAAACCCUCUAAACAAAAACCAAAAAAUUUCCGACAAGUAUUCCCUUCACACACAGAAAAAGGCGAUGACAAAUGUGUCACAGAUCUUCAUUUCCUCUCGCCCCUCCUUCUAAUCCCCCAACGAGAUUUCCAUCUUCUUGCUCAAUUUCCGAGUCGAAUCUCUCUUCUGGAUUGUUCGAUUUCUAAUCGGAUUAGGGUUUUCAUUGGCUAAUCGAUUCGGCAACCGGGCUGCUCCUUGGGUGAGCUGUUUGAGGUUCCGGGUUGAUUCGAUUUCAUGAAGCACGCGGAAUCUGGGUUGUGUUAUCUGCAAUAACGAAAUCUCCGAAGAGGAGGGUUCGUUUGAUAUAUUGAUUGUGGAAGAGAUCAGAUGGAUCUUGUGAUCGGUGGGAGAUUUAAGCUUGGAAGGAAGAUUGGUAGUGGAUCUUUUGGAGAGCUUUAUCUUGGUGUAAAUGUCCAAACAGGAGAAGAAGUUGCUGUCAAGCUGGAGUCUGUGAAGACCAAGCAUCCACAGCUUCAUUAUGAGUCAAAGUUGUAUAUGCUGCUUCAAGGAGGAAACUCUGAAGCUGGUAUUCCGAACCUCAAGUGGUUUGGAGUUGAAGGUGACUACAGCGUAAUGGUUAUUGACCUUUUAGGUCCUAGCCUUGAAGAUCUGUUUAACUACUGCAACAGGAAGUUUACCUUGAAAACGGUUCUCAUGCUUGCCGACCAGCUUCUUAACAGGGUUGAAUAUAUGCAUUCUCGAGGUUUCCUUCACCGUGAUAUAAAGCCUGACAACUUUUUAAUGGGCCUCGGACGCAAAGCAAAUCAGGUGUAUAUCAUUGAUUUUGGAUUAGGGAAGAAAUACAGAGACCUUCAGACUCACAAGCACAUUCCUUACCGAGAAAACAAAAAUCUGACUGGGACAGCUCGAUAUGCAAGUGUCAACACUCACCUUGGAGUUGAACAAAGUCGAAGGGAUGAUUUGGAAUCACUUGGUUAUGUGCUUAUGUAUUUCCUCAAAGGAAGCUUACCAUGGCAGGGAUUAAAAGCUGGGACAAAGAAGCAGAAGUAUGACAGAAUCAGUGAGAAGAAAGUAUCAACUCCUAUAGAGGUGUUGUGUCGACAUCACCCGUCUGAGUUUGUUUCAUACUUCCAUUACUGCCGAUCUUUACGGUUUGAUGAUAAACCUGAUUACUCUUACCUUAAGAGACUGUUCCGCGACUUGUUCAUUCGAGAAGGUUACCAAUUCGAUUAUGUAUUUGACUGGACAGUCCUAAAGUAUCCUCAAACCGGUUCCAUCUCUGGUUCUAGCUCCCGAACAAGGAAUCAUACAACCACAAAACCAGGAGUUAACGCAGGUCCUUCAAUGGAUAGACAAGACAGAAACGCAGGGAAGGAAACAAACAGAAUCUCGGGUGCAGUGGAAGCCUUCUCCAGAAGGCACCCAACAAACUCUUCUACCCCACGUGAUCAUUCAAGAUCAAGAAACUCUGAUGACGGACCUUUCACUAAGCACUUAGUCAAAAAUCGUGGAGACUCUGAAAGACCAAGCAGUUCCUCAAGACACAGAACAUCUACUUCUAGGAAAGCCGUUGCUGCUACACGCAGCUCUCGGCCAAGUUCUGCAGGCGGACCAAGCGAUAGCCGAGUUUCAAGUCGCCUGGUUUCAUCAAGCGGCGGUGGUGGCAGCGGCACUGGCAAUGUCCGUCCCUCGAGAAUCCAAGCUGGAUAUGAAUCCAAGACUUUGUCCUUCUCUCGUGCAACCGCUUCUUCACGAAACGCUCGUGAAGAUCAAUUGAGAAGCUUUGAGCUUCUCAAUCUUCGGAAAUAAAAGUAAAACGAGAGAAAGAGAGUCCAUGAAAACCCAAAACCAAAGUUUCGUACAGAGAAUCUUUUGGUUAGAAAGAUUCCAUAUACAUUACUUAAAAAGAUCUUUACAGGCAGGUUCCGCUUGGAGAGAUCUUUCUGCCACCGCUCAUGCUUUGUAUAUGUAAUCUCGGUCAUGUGUUGGAAAAUGUACAAAGUUUCCAUUGUAAAAGAGGUGAAUUUGUGUUCCUAUAUACCAUUACUCCGAAUCUAUCUGUGUAGUACACUUUUAAAAUAAAGUUGGCCUUUGGUCUGUUUUAUUGGUAAAUAAUACCAAAGAGGCAACAAUCAUAUUUUGGGG